AGCAUGGAAGGCACUUACAGCUUCGCUGAUGGAGGUCCCAUUCCUCGUGGUGACCCUUACGCGCACUCAUACGCCGCCAAUGUGUCGAAACCCAUUCAGCGCCACGAGACUGAGACAACCCACGCUCACCCAGCAGCCACCAACGACCUCUCACAAAAGUUCAAGCCUCGCUUCGAGGAUGGAUCCGAGGUUCACUUGAACUUCAUGCCCUCACUCGCUCGCAGAGCCGACCAAGAACUUCUGGACUACCUCCAGAAGCGCAAGAUUUCCUUUCACUUCUUGAACGACAUCGACGAUUUCCUCAAGAGACACCCAGGACUCUUGAAGGCUUGUCCGAGUUGGUGCUACCAGCUCAAUGCUCUUUCUCCGUUGCAAGCCUACCUCUUCUUUGUGAAAGGUUACUUGCGCCCUGCAAGAUACGUCGAAGGCGCUCUUCCGGCUCCGGAGGAUGAGCAGAUUCCUGCUCGUCCCAUCUCGCUGGAGCACCACUCCCACGAUCCAGAACUCUACGACCACAUCACUGACAUUGGUCAGUGCUUGGAACUUCUCGGUCAGUUGGACGAAUCGGUUUGGAUACUAACCAAGGCCUACCAUUCUGGUCGUCGCCUCAACGAGCUACAAUUCCAUCUGCUCACCAUGGCCACCUACGCACAGCCCGUUGAUGCGCUCAAGUAUUACGAGUAUUGCUACCUACCAAGCGUAUACUCAAACAGGUAUGCACGUUGGGAAUGUUUAGUGAUUCCAGAACCAAGCUAA